CCUGUAGCUCAGUACAGUUGCUGACUUAAAAAUACAUCUGCUGUAUGUUCUAAUGGACAUGGAUUAUUAGAAGCAGUAAUAGAUAAUGAUAUUUUCUGUUUAUGAUACGUAUUUCUUGCUGUAUAUUUUCCAAUUCUGCCUCCAGGUCUGCCCUUCUCCACUUUGCCCUGCACCUUCUGGCGUCUGGUUAGUUUAGCAGAUGGAAGUGCAGAUAGAUGAUUGGAGUGCUCUGCUGGGGGCUCCUUCUUGGCAGGCAGGCUCAGGUCAGUUACAUCUCUCCAUCAAAGGCCAAAGAUGUUCCUCAAGCACCGUCCUCCUACAGCUGUUCAUUCUGGGUCCUUCUGCGCCUCAGUCCUGAGCAUAGUCAUGGUUCCCUCUCUUCUUGCCAGCCCCUGAGAAUGGCACACUUGGAUUUUUCUAAACUUUAUUUUUCACUUGAAUAACUCUGCUCACACAUUUGGAAAAUCUCUUUAUUUAGUUACCCCAUUUAAGGGUGCUGUCCACUUCCUGCUAGAACCUUGACUAAUGACCCAGUUUAAAAAAUUAGCUAUCUUAAAAAAUGAAAUGCAAGAUAAUUUAAGUCUAUCCAUUUCAUUAUUUCAUUAUGUGUCUGACUACUCCACUAAACACAAAAUAGUGUGACCUGGUUUUGGUCACACACUAAUAAAUGAGCUCAGAAAUACUUCACAAGGGGAAUAAAUGUGGAUGUGAGAGUCAGCAGAGAAAGCAUAAUCUAAAUGGCAAAAAAACAGACAUAAAAAGAACUUUACAAGUGAUUUAAAAACAAAAAGCAGAAAGCAUAGUAAUCUAAUGAUUAUCACAAGCACUUAGAUAAAGCUUACUAUAUGCCAGGCUCUUUUCUAAGCAAUAUAUGUAUUUUGACUUAUUUCUUCCAGAAACUCUAUAAGGAGGUACUAUUCCCACUGUGCAAAUGAGAAGGCAGAUAUAAUUCAGUAAAUCAGUUUAUGAUCUGUGAACAUGCCUAACAAAUCACCUGUGAUUGGUAAAUCUGAAGUAGUAUCUUCCUCUUAUGAAAAAUCAAAAAAUGGGAAAACCACUAGACCAUUCAGGCCACCAUUUUCAGUCACAAAAGAAUUCAUCUUGAGAUUCAAUCAAACAAAAAAUCCAAAAGAGGAGGAAGAACUAUUGGACAUAGCUAGAAAAAACAUUAUCAAAUGUAAGAGAAAACUGGGUCUCAGGACCUUGGGGAUGGGGAGGCACGUGCACCUUCCCGAGGCAUGGACCGAAGUGGUGUGCCUGGCCCAGUGCAGAGGAGAAGUCCAGGAUGAAGCUUUGAAUAUGCUCUAUGCUUCCCUGGACCAUGCUGUCUUUGAUUACGAUCAUCUGCCUGCCUUAUUUUUUGUUGCGGAAUCAGUUCUAUACAGACUCUGCUGUGAUGCAUUCCAAAAGGCAUACUUAUACUCAGUUGAAAUCAAGCUGGCAAAGAUUGGCUAUUUGGUCUUCUUACGACUUUUUAUAUAUUUCCUUCACGGUCACCUGGAAAAUUUUAAACAACAUUUACUUAGGCUUCAACCAUAUUUAUACGCACUUUCUUGCUCCAAAGAAUUAUAUUGGAUGUAUCCAAACAUCUCUUCGAAUGUGCAGUGCAUUCUGAAAAUCAUGGAAAUUAUAUGUAAAAGAGAACUCCCUUCUGAAUCAAUUUUUAGGCCUGUGGAAGACAAGAAUACAGAUUCUGGAAUGGAACAUUUGCAACUUAAUGAGAAAGGAUAUGAAAUUAGCCACCUGCUCUGGCACUGUGUUUCUGCCUGGACUUGUGUUCAGAAGAACAGUCCCCAGUUAAAUAAGGUGCUUGAACAUCUCAUCUCUCGUAAAACACAGUUUCAGAAGAAAUCCUGGUUGGAUUUAGCCUUGGCUUUGUUGGUCCUUGGGGAGGCUGCCAGAUUAAACAUAGCUUGUUUGAAAGCGUUCAUGGACCUAAUGAGAGAUUUUCUGUUAAGCAUUAUGUCUGUUCAAAAUCAGGAUAAAAGCUGCGAGGUAGAUGAUUUUUCCUGGGCCCAGAAUGUAGUCUCCAUAUACAUAAAAAUUCUUGCAGAAAUCUGCUUAUAUGCGACCAAUUCUGUUUUGAGAAAGACUGCUUUAAUUGGUUUCUGUGACUGUAAAAGUUCACAGAAAGAUAUUUUACUUGUGGACAAAUCACAAGAAGAGCCAGAAUUGAGGGAAACAAGUAUUUCAGGUCUUUUGGAAUAUUUCUCUUCAGAAACAUCAGAUUGUUGUGAUCAAGUGAAAUGGGCUGGACGCUAUGGCCUACUAUACAACCUGGUGAAAAUGUCAUGGGAACUUCGGGGAGAUAAAGAGCAGGAUGGACUUAGGAACAAAAUAUGGCAAAUGUUACAGAAAACAAAGGAUCGUGAGAAAGAUGGGCGAAUCUGUAAUGCAGUAAAUAUUGCUCAGGCGGAGAUAAAUGACCCAACUGAUCCUUUCACAAGUAAUAGUACAAAAGUUUCAUCAAAUAUAGGGGAUGAAAGUUUCUCCAAAUAUAUAGGCUGGAGAAUUGCCAGCGUGCUUUCCAAACUGUUCUUCCCUUCCGUCGAUGCCUGUGUUCUUCCUCUGAAAAGACCACUGAUGAAACGGUAUCAAAGGAGAGAUGUGAACAAAACACAGGGUUCCACGAAGAAGAGAGUCCUGCAUUUUACUGUAAGGGAAUAUUCUUCUGUGGCAGAAGCGCCUUUGUUUCCAUAUCCAGAUUUUUUCACCAGGGCGGACAGGGAGUUGGCCAGAAUCAUUGACCAUCACUGGCAGGAAGAGCAAAAGAUGCGGCAGGAAGAAGACGCAAUAUGUGAGGCUGAAGAACGGAAAGAUAAGGAGUUACAGGAGCAAAAUCGCUUGAGAGAAAUAAUGAAGAGAAGAGAAGAGAAGCUACACAAGCAAACCAAACCUUACGAGCUUCCUCCUAGGACUGAAGACGUUUCCUUAGGAAAGAAAAUGACCCUGCAGCUGAGGUCCAUAUGCCCGAAUUCGUUGCAUGAAAGAGACCAAGAAAGCUACAGAUUAGGAAAAAGUUCGUAAUUAAAUGUAAUUUCUUACAAAGGAGUUUAUCCUGGUGCAGGUUCUUUAAUAGUCAUAGCUUAGUCCUAAAAGAACAGUUAGCACUUGAUCACAUUCGAGUGAUGUGUUUUCCUAGUUAAAUGUUUUCAAGAAUGUAGCUAGAGCUAAUUGACUCUUAUCUCAUGAUCAUACACAUAAUGAUUCUCAGAGUAUUGAAAUUCACUGAAGAGUUAGACAGACACGAUUAUUGCAUAUAAUCGUAUAUUGCAUAUAAUGAUUAUGCAAAUUAUUAAUGAGUCACAAAUAAGAACUAUUUCUUAAAAUGGGAUGAACAUCAAUCAGUACUCCUAUAAUGACUAUAACACUAAUAAAAUAUGUAAGGCUCCUG